GGCCCUCCUUAGCCCCUGAACCAGAGGAAGUCCAAGAAGAGGAGAAACCAAGACCCAAACUCACUGCUCCUAAGAUCCCAGAAGGGGAGAAAGUAGACUUCGAUGAUAUCCAGAAAAAGCGUCAGAACAAGGACCUCAUGGAGCUCCAGGCCCUCAUCGACAGCCACUUUGAAGCUAGAAAGAAAGAGGAAGAAGAGCUGAUUGCACUCAAGGAGAGAAUUGAGAAGCGUCGUGCAGAGAGGGCUGAGCAGCAGAGGAUCCGCGCUGAGAAGGAGCGGGAACGCCAGAACAGACUGGCGGAGGAGAAGGCCAGAAGAGAGGAGGAAGAUGCCAAGAGGAGAGCCGAGGAUGACAUGAAGAAGAAAAAGGCUCUGUCCUCCAUGGGUGCCAACUACAGCAGCUACCUGGCCAAGGCUGACCAGAAGAGAGGCAAGAAGCAGACAGCCAGGGAGAUGAAGAAGAAGAUUCUUGCAGAGAGACGCAAGCCUCUGAACAUCGACCAUCUCAGUGAUGACAAGCUGAGGGACAAGGCCAAGGAACUCUGGGAUACCCUGUACCAACUGGAGACUGACAAAUUUGAGUUUGGGGAGAAGCUAAAACGCCAGAAAUACGAUAUCAUGACUGUCCGGGCCAGAGUGGAGAUGCUGGCCAAGUUCAGCAAGAAGGCUGGUGCUACAGCCAAGGGCAAAGUCGGCGGGCGCUGGAAGUAAAGGAGCCGAGUGGUGCACUGCAGCAGAGACGUUCUACCCUGACUCCUGCCAGCUCUGCACCCUCCAACCCUCACGGCCAGGCUUCCUCUGGAACUCAGGGCCCAUCCUGCCUCAAUGCCCUCACCUUCCGGGGUCUCGGAAUAAAGUUAUCAGACUCCCCUCUA